UGGCUUAGACACCAAAACGUGAAAUGGAGUUUGGAAUAUUUGGGUGGUGGCUAAUGUUGGCAGCCUUGUUUCAAUUAUCUUCUAUUCAUGCUUGUUUGAGGGAGGAGAGAGAAGCUCUCUUGCGACUCAAAGCUUCCCUCGGGAACAACGUGUAUGCUCAUAUCUUCACAUCCGAUCGGGAAGGGAGAAAUUGCUGCAAUUGAGAACGUGUUGUGUGCGACAACACUACAGGGCGUGUAAUCGAGCUUCAUCUUUUCUUCACUUACAUUACCUUAAAUGCCUCUCUGUUUAUUCCCUUUCAAGAGCUUAAGUACCUUGAUCUGAGUUAUAAUGCAAUAUCUGGAUGGCUUCCAAAUGAAGGAUUGAGCAAGCUAGAGGUGCUUGACUUCAGUUAUAAUUACUUCAAUGAAAGCUUCCUGUCAUCCCUUGGUCAGUUCUUAUCGCUCAGGAAACUAUAUUUGAGACGGAACCUCUUAUUUGAUCCACCAAUCAAUAUCCCAAUCUCAGAGUUGGGAAGACUAAAGAACCUACAGGAGUUGUAUUUGGAUAAUUCCUACAUUGACAAAAGCUUCCUCAGCAACGUUGGAGUUAUGACUUCCCUUAAUGUAUUGUCAAUACAACGCUGUGGACUCAAUGGAAGUUUGCCCAUCGUUCAAGGUUUGUGUGAGCUUAUGAAUCUACGAGAGUUAGAUCUCAGCUAUAAUCAUUUUGAAGGGACACUACAAGAGAAAGCAGUUUUUGCUGCCAAAACCUGAAGAGGCGAACAAGUUUUGGCCGCAACAGACCAUAUUUUACUGUAGCCGCUUUUUUGUAGUGGCGGCAAUGAAAUUCGCCAUAAUACAUACUUUUUGCGGCGACAUUAUAUCAUUUGCGGCGACUGUUUCUCUUCGCAAAUAAUAUUACCAUAAAUUGAUUUUCGCCGAUACCGAUCCCUGUCCGAAACCCAAUUUUUCUGCAGCCAUCGUGAACCUCCACCACCACCAAAACAGAGCAAAACCCCUCCAUCAGUCCAUCCCAGCCUUCACGUUGAACAUCGCAUGCGGAAACAACAUCGAUUCUUCUCUCUGUGAUCAGAUCGCCUUCCCUGCUGCACGCCGUCGCCUCGUUGCCUAGCCGCGGGCUGCCCAAUCGUGUCCCACUAUCGCGCACGGCUUCUCCACUCGGUCCCUAUUUCAGCAAGUGAUUUUGACAUGGACAAAAGCUGGAUGCGUAUUAUCGACCGAUUUAGGUCUGCAGAAUAUAGGGAAGGGGUAUAUCAAUUCAUUACACUGGCCCAAGCUCAUGCAACAACAAACAAUAUAAGGUGUCCUUGUCGUACCUGUCGUAAUAACUUUUUCCAUCCUAUUGACUUGGUGGAAAGACACUUGUUCACCAUAGGAAUUGAUGAAAACUACACUGAAUGGAUCUUUCAUGGCGAGGAAGAAUCCUGGGAUGCUAAUGAGUUUGAUGAUGAUGUCAAUGAAGUGCAAAGGGACGAGUACGUUGAUGACAUGGAUGAGAUGUUAGAUGACAUUAGACUUGGAUCAUUUCCAAAUGUGGAGCCAAUGGAACCUGGUACCAGUGAAGGUCCCACCUAUGUAGAGCCUAGACCAAAAAAUUUCGAUCAAUUAUUGGAAGAUGCCAGACGUCCACUCUAUCCAGGAUGUGCUAACUUCUCAAAGUUAUCAUUCAUUGUGAAGUUGUUGCAUAUAAGGACGAUUGGAGGGUGGAGUGUUAAAUCAUUUGACAUGCUACUAAAGUUGUUGAAAGAUUCGUUCCCGGAUGCACUUUUGCCUGACUCAUACCGCGAGUCACGACGGAUGGAGCGGGCCCUUGGUUUUGGUUAUAUGAAGAUUGAUGUAUGUCCAAAUGAUUGUAUACUAUACUGGAAGGAAAAUGCUGACAAGCAUGAUUGUCCCAAAUGUGGUAUGUCAAGAUGGGAAACACCCACAACUAAACAAAAAAAAAUCCCACACAAAGUACUUCGAUAUUUUCCGUUAAAACCAAGGUUGAAGAGGUUGUUUAUGUCGAAAAAAACAGCAGUAUCCAUGAGGUGGCACAAAGAACAUCGCGUUGAUGAUUCGAAUGUAGAAAGCAAAUGGCAUGUGUUGAUAUAAAUCACCCAAGCUGGAAUUUUUUGAUGCAACACUACAAGAGCCUGCUGGAUGCUACAUAUGUGGAUUCACUCCCAGGUUUAAAUUAAUGUAUAGGGUUUAAGGUUAAUGUAUAACCAUGUUGACAACAAUUGGUUGAGAUGCACACAUUCUUCAUCAAGUGUUUAGUGUCAGUAAAUGGAGAUAGGAAUUUAAGUAAUUGCAUGACAAUUAGAAGGAACCUGCUAUAAUGUAUGAUGUAAAAAGUUAAUGAAAUGUUCACAUUCAAGCUUUUUUGAUGAAAUCUGGAUGGCAAUGUACAUGAUAAUUA